CUCCUGGUCCAGUUCCUCUUUGCCACGGAUCCCAGAGCCAGGUCAGUCUGUACAAAGCCAGGCCUCCUCCCCGGUAGGGUGGCAGUGCUCAACAUGGGCAUCCGGGGACACGUUCCUCAGCUGCUGCUGCUGCUGCUCAUCCUGCUGCCGGCCACAGACUCAGCCACCGUAUUCUGCUACACCGAGUAUGAGGAGUCCUCCGGCAUGUGCAAGGGCCUCCUGGGGGGAGGUGUCAGUGUGAAAGACUGCUGUCUCAACCCUGCCUAUGGCUUCCAGGAGCCUGGCAGCAAGCUUUGUCAGGCAUGCAGGCUCCCACGAUGGUCCCAGUGGUCUGCAUGGGCCCCCUGCUCGGUGACCUGCACCGAGGGAUCCCAGUUGCGGCACCGGCGCUGCAUAGGCCACGGUGGGCAGUGUGCUGAGAAGGUGGAGCCUGGAACCCUGGAGUGGCAGCUGCAGGCCUGCGAGGACCAGCCGUGCUGUCCUGAGAUGGGUGGCUGGUCCAACUGGGAGCCCUGGACGCCUUGCUCUGUCACCUGUUCCAAAGGGACCCGGACCCGUCAGCGAGCAUGUAAUCAACCUGCUCCCAAGUGUGGGGGCCACUGCCCAGGAACGCCACAGGAGUCUGAGGCCUGUGAUACUGAGCAGGUCUGCCCCAUACAUGGGGCAUGGGCCGCUUGGGGUCCCUGGGGCCCCUGCUCAGGGUCCUGCAAUGGCGGACCCAAAGCGCCUACCCAGAGACGAAGCCGCACGUGUUCUGCACCUGAGCCCUCCAAGGAGCCUCCUGGGAAGCCAUGCCCAGGGUCGGAGCACGACACCCGGCCCUGCUCCAGCCUGCCACCCUGCCCAGUGGCUGGGGGCUGGGGGGCAUGGGGCCCCAUAUCCUCCUGCCCUGUGACCUGUGGCCUGGGUCAGACCCUGGAAAGCCGGAAGUGUGAUCACCCUGCGCCCCAGCAUGGGGGCCUCCCCUGUGCUGGUGAGAACACUCGAACCCACAUCUGCAACACAGCCGUGUCCUGCCCUGUGGAUGGAGAGUGGACCUCCUGGGAGGAGUGGAGCCCCUGCACCCGUAGGAGCGUAGGCAGUAUAAGCUGUAUGGAGAUCCCAGGCCAGCAGUCACGCUCGAGGAGCUGCAAGGGCCGUGAUUUUGGUGGCCGGCGGUGCCCCGGGGAACAGCAAGACAUCCGUCAUUGCUAUGACAUCCAGCGCUGUAGAUUGAAAGGCUCGUGGUCGGAGUGGAGUUCUUGGGGACUGUGCAUGCCUCCGUGUGGACCCAACCCCGUUCGCACCCGCCAGCGCCGCUGCACGGCCGAGCUCCCCAAAUUCGCGCCCACCAUUACCGUGGUCGAAGGUCAGGGUGAGAAGAACAUGACCUUCUGGGGGACACCAUUUCCGCGGUGCGAACCUCUGCAGGGACAGAGGUUGGUGGUGGAGGAGGAACGGCCAUGUCUACACGUGCCUGCCUGCCAAGAUCCUGCGGAUGAGAAGCUCUAACACCUCCCUCUCCCACUCUGAAACCCUGCCCUCCCAGACCUCAAUAAAUGGGCCACUUCCCCAGGA